AAAGUCACACGGUCGCGGACUCGCGGUGACCUGUUGCGGCUUUGCGCCCGCUUCGAGAGUGCGGUCAGGGUCACGGUGAGGCUAUGACUCUAUGAUUUGUGUGGGGAAGUCGAGCUCCAAGCACCUUGAUAUUUGCCCGCCUCGUCUGCCAUUUCCUGCAAACAGUCGCACUUGAUCAUCCUUCCUCGACUUUCCAAUUGUUAUAGCUCGAGACAAUGGCAUCACGGACGGACAGGUACCAGAAGCUAUCGCCACAGGAGCGCCGGGCUGGCGAAUCGGCUCUUAGUGAUUUCGCCGAUUAUGUGCAGAAGCAGCAAGCUCGUCGCCGUCACCCGCAGGACCAGGACUCUGCAUAUGGCACUCAGUCUGUCGUUACCACCGAAGAACACGCCGAACUGGACAUCCUCGAUUCGCUCAACCUCAGUGACGAGCCUACCAAUGUACGACUAAAACACCUCUUUCUCGACAAGUCAGAUGAUUCGGAUGAGAGUAUAAGCCUCCUCACCGGUGUUGUGAAUGGUCGCUUAGAGGAGGGUCAUGGUGAAGCCAUGUUCGACCUUGGUCUGGAGGACAAUGGCGACUCGAUGGCUUUUGACAAAAGUGAUUGGGACUUUGCCCUCGCAAGGCUUCACUCUGUCACCGAGUCACUUGGCGCCGAUUACCGUGUGCUCAUGACCAAGAAUGUAGGUGGUGACACCGAGGUCGAUGUGAACCCCAAGGACAAGGCGUGCAGCGGCAAGCUUAUCAUCCGGCGGCGGCCGCACUCGGUCGACCAUGUCAUCGAGACUCGAAUAGCUGUCGUUGGCAAUGUCGAUGCUGGCAAGAGCACUUUGCUCGGCGUUCUAGUCAAGGGCGGUCUCGAUGAUGGCCGUGGAAAGGCUCGUGUCAACCUGUUCCGCCACAAGCACGAGAUUGAAAGUGGAAGGACGAGCUCGGUGGGUAUGGAGAUCAUGGGCUUCGACAGCAAAGGCGAAGUCGUCAUGGCCUCGACUGCCGGUCGCAAGCUUUCGUGGGAGGAGAUCGGCAACAGAUCGGCCAAAGUCAUCAGCUUCACUGACUUAGCUGGACACGAACGAUAUCUGCGCACCACCGUCUUUGGCAUGCUCAGCAGUGAACCGAAUUACUGUCUACUGAUGGUCGCUGCCAACAACGGCCUGAUUGGCAUGAGCAAAGAGCAUCUUGGUAUCGCCCUCGCGCUUAAUGUGCCUGUCAUGGUCUGCAUAACCAAAAUUGAUAUUUGCCCGCCGCAUAUCCUCCAGCAAACCAUCACCCAAUUGACCAAGAUUUUGAAGUCGCCUGGUGCAAGAAAGAUACCCAUCUUCAUCAAGAACAAGGAGGAAUGCAUAAACACCGCCACCCAGUUCAUCAGUCAGCGCAUCUGCCCUGUGUUCCAGGUCUCGAACGUGACAGGUGACUCGCUCGACCUGGUACGGACCUUCCUCAACAUCAUUCCACACCACGGCCAUUACGACGCCGAGGCACCCUUCGAGUUCCACAUCAACGACACUUUCUCAGUACCCUUCGUCGGUACAGUAGUAUCUGGCGUCGUCAAAUCCGGCGUGGUUCACGCUGGUGACACUAUCCUUGUUGGUCCAGAUGGCCUUGGAAAUUUCACGACAACGACUAUCAGGAGCAUUGAGAGGAAGCGAAUAGGUGUGCCAGCUUGCAGCGCCGGCCAAAGCGCCAGUUUCGCAUUGAAGAAGGUUCGCAGAAAGGACGUCCGCAAAGGAAUGGUCUGUCUUCUUAAGAAUGAUGAGCAGCCACCCAAGGUUCAUCGCGAGUUUAUCGCCGAAGUGCUCAUCCUCAGUCAUGCGACGACCAUCAAGACAAAGUACCAAGCCAUGCUGCACGUCGGCCCUAUAUCUCAGACCUGCGCUAUCAUCGACAUCGACAGAGCAUACAUCCGAACUGGCGACCGCGCGACUGUGGCCUUCCGCUUUGUACAACGGCCCGAGUUUUUAGCUGUGGGUGAUCGGAUACUCUUCAGAGAGGGUAGGACGAAAGGUCUUGGUAUCGUGAAGGCUGUGGGCUACGACCCUAGCAAGCCCCUAAACCCUGACGCGGGCAAGCAGAAGGCGGUCGCCACUGAAUCUGCAGACACCGAUAGCGCCGUUCCUACCACUGCCACUGUGUAAAGGCAGAGUCUUUUCUGCAAAUCAAGCUCAAACCACUGAGAGCUAGAGGACGAGUUCUCUCGCUGAAGUUGGACUCGCGCAAUGGCAACACUGUGCGUCGCUAUUGUAUACGAAUCGCUAGUUUGAAGUCUUGAGAUCAUUGUUACAAGGGGCUCAGGGGAGUCAUCGAUCGUUUGCAAGGCGCAAGGGGGUCACCAUCUUUAUUCUUGUUAUUACUCCCAUAGACGAAACUGUGGAUAUGAAAUUACAUGACUAAAUGCCAGAAAUCUUUUAUUUU